GGCUGCUUUACUGAGCGGAGUGGUCAGUACGGUGGUGACUACAGCCCCAAGCGCCUCCGGGGGAAGGUUCGCUGUUUGGAGUUAGACAAGGAGAGUGUCAAAAGGUACCUGCAGCGCACUGGACAUCCAUUGAUGACUUUAAAGGGAGCUUGGCAGCUCAAACGCAGUAUGAACGAAGAAUAUCCAACACAGAGCGCGACAGACUCGGACACUCUCGCCCCACCUCUUCCCGGCAGCGCCAAAGAAUCAUCUGACGAACCGUUAUUAUCAGUGCCGGCGGAAAAUCUGGAUGAGGCCCUUGAUUUCCUGACGAGAAAGGCGUUGCAGAUCCGUGUCUGGCCGCCUGUUAAUGCUUCACACGGGCACUUUCCAUGCACCGCCGGAUGCCCAAUCAAUUUCCGGCUGAAAAUCACUCAUGACAUUCACCACCUGCGGCAUCGCACCGACGGAAUUCUCCCGACAACGAGUGGACAGCGGAUUGUGUGCCCCGAGUGCGACCACCAAGCGGAAGAUUGGCCGGCACUGAUUGAUCACGUGGAUGCGGAGCAUUAUUCCCUGUCGGACGAACAACCGGAAAAAAUGCAGAAAAAGGCUAACGAGAAGACUAAACGUUACCGCGGUACCGAUCGUGCGUGCAGAACCUGUAAAAUGCAGUUCGCGACAUGUGCGGUGCAGCAGGUGCAUGCGUUGCAGCAUCGCGCAGACUUUGGUACUUUCGAUAAAGAGACCGCAGAGGUGCAGCAGUGUCCACUUUGUACCUUCUCCACGGGGAACGUCCGGACACUGGUAGAGCACGUGGAUAACUGUCACGCACGGAAAGAUCUGCACGUCUGUCCGCGAUGUCAACGCUCCUUCGUGACGUUCCAACGACUGGAACGGCACAUUCAGCAGAUUCAUCUGUUGGAUGAUGCCGAGAAGCCGUAUGAGUGCCCCACGUGCCACCGGAAGUUCACCGGCAAUACUUAUUACGUCCGUCAUAUGAGGACGCACCAUGGCAAUACCGUCAAAUGCCUGUAUGCGAGGAGACAUUUCCCACCACCGUACCACUGUACAAUCAUUUCAAGCAGUCGCACUCGGUGGACGGGAUGCUGCUGUGCACGCUGUGUGAUAAAAAAUUCCCGGCCACCUGCAAAUACAGCUUCCGAAACUUCCGGCACCAUCUGCGCCGCAUGCACCGCGAUAUCGGCCAGUUCCCGUGCGACAUCUGCGGGAAAGUCUUCAAGCAGAAGCAUGGAAUGCAGAAACACCGGGAAUUCGUGCACAAGGCGACUAGGGAUAUGGUCUGUGAAUGCGGGAAGAGUUUCUUCUCUCGUCGCCAUUUACUGAAUCACAAAGAGCGCGUGCAUGCGGAAGGGAAGGUGGAUCUUCGGAAAAACCCGGGUGCCGGGGAGAAGAAACAGGCUGUGACGAAAGACUACGUUCCCCCGCAGAAAACGAAGCACUACACCGA